GCAAACGUAUGCAGAAAAGGAAACCAUGGUGACUGGACAUCACAUGGAUCGAGCAGGGUCUAAUUAUAUCUGUCAAUCCUUUUCAACGAUCCAAUGGUUACAAACACCUUCACACUCUCCUAGAAUCUUCUGCAUUUCAAAUUUUGAUACCAAAGAAUACGCUCCAGUCACCGCCAUCUCUACUCCCUCUCGAUACCAUCAAAACCCUAAAGAUUCACCGCUCAGAUCUUCCAUGUUCUCUCAGUAUGAUUUGAGGGUGAUGGUGCGAAACCCUAACUACAAAGAAACAUAUUUGACCAAAUCUCAUAUAUUUCCUCGACAUGAACACCAAACACCCCUGUUCUGAUAUUGUGGUUUUAGGGAAGUUUACUGAAAGGAGUUGCAGGAACAAAAAUCAAAGGGACGAAGGGGAACAUAAAGUCGCAGGGAAUAGUCCAAGUCGUCAAGCAGGGUUCUUAUGCUUUUUAGCUCAAAUAAAGCUAUACAUUUUUUGGUCAACAAACCUUCUGAAACACAACCCACCACCACAGUUGUCACUAACCUUAGAUCUUAAGCUCAACACUGCCACAACUCGCCUCCAUUUAACUCUGCUACCAUCACUUCUACUUCAUGGAAACACAUCUAUAUAUCUCUCUCUAAUAUCAUAUCUAAAUCUUCAACACACCUCAGUCUCGCUCUCUUCCUUUCUUUCUUUAUUGAUGCCCCAUCGUUCAGAUCACAUGCAAACACACAGAUUAAUUAUCAUUGUUCCUUUUCUCAUUCGAUCUGUACAAAAGAAACAUAGAAACCAUUUUUUGUCUUUUCGGUGGAAGAUGUUCCAGAUCUGUGUGCAUGUUUUAAGAUGUUUCAUAUUUGUGUGCAUAUUGUGUAUGGUGUAGAUCUAUGUAUGAUUUUGAUUUGUGUUAUCUAAGUAGGUUGAUUAUUUGUAUUUAUUACAUGUAUGUAUUCUUUUUAAUUUUUUUUAGCAAUGGAAAAGAUAAUUGAUCAGGAAGAUGAACAUGGAUGUUCAUAUUGUAAAGGAAUUAAGAAGAAAGUAAGAGUUAGGUUUAUUUUUUUGUUUGGAUCUUGAAUUUUUAGUUUCUGAUUAGAUCUUCUUCAAAAAUUUGAACUCCAACAGUUCUAUGUUUCUAUAAUAAAUUUUGUUAACAAUUUAUGUAA